AAUGCAACUUUGCCUGCUGUUUCACCUGAAUUUGUAAGUGAGCCACCAGUAGACUUAUUGGUGUUGGCGGCAUCAUUGUGGAAACAUCAGACAGUAUGAAACUCCUCAUCCUCUGUGCCUGGCUAUUUCUCGCGCCCGAAAUACAAAGUCUUGAAAUAAUAGCAGGCGACUUUUCUGAUGUGGCUCAGCCCAUAGGAACCACUGGAUCUGAUGAGAUUGUAGAUGGUCCUCCUAUAAAUAUAAACAGAUAUGAAAGACGCCAUAAGAGAAGUGAUGACAGCAGCAAGGAGGAGGAUGAGGAUCACCUUGAUGAACACAUCGCCAUUCACAGCUAUAAAGUUAAAUCCAUUAUCACCUCACGCUUUGCUGAAACAGUCUUCAGCACGAAGAUAGUGAACAAGGAUUUGCGUCCUCAGGAUGUGACGUUCAACGUAGAAAUUCCAAAAGGAGCCUAUAUCUCAAAUUUCACUAUGACAGUGAAUGGUAAUACAUUUGUUGGAUCUGUGCAUGAGAGAAGUGUGGCCAGAAAUCUUUAUGCACAAGCACGAGCCCAAGGGAAGGCUGCUGGAAUUCUUAGGACAUCGGCUCAUGAGAUGGAAAGCUUUAAAGCUGAAGUGAAUGUUCCUGGUGGGAGCAAAGCCAGCUUUGAACUUUACUGCCAAGAACUGUUACAACGACGACUGGGGUUUUAUGAACAGACUAUUAUACUCCGCCCAGGAAACUUGGUGAAGCAGCUCCAGGUGGAUGUCUACAUAUUUGAGCCACAAGGGAUCAGCCGUAUUGAAGCACCUAACAUGUUUGGAGCACAGUUUGAUGGGCUCAUCCGUAUGACUAAAGGAGAAAACAAGGCUCAUGUUUCCUUCAAGCCAACUGUGGACCAACAGCGGAAAUGCCCAAAUUGUACAGACUCUGCCAUUGACGGAAGCUUUAUUGUGAGAUAUGAUGUGAAACAGGAGCUCAAUGGUGGAAGCAUUCAGGUUUCGAAUGGUUACUUUGCUCACUUUUUUGCUCCUAAUAAUCUUCCACCACUUCCUAAAAACAUCAUCUUUGUCAUAGAUGUCAGUGGCUCAAUGUGGGGAAUUAAAAUGAAGCAGACUGUUGAAGCUAUGGCAACGAUUCUGUCCGAUCUCCGCCCGGAGGACCAUUUCACAAUUAUUGAUUUCAACCACAACAUUCGUUUCUGGAAUGAUAAACUGGUUGCAGCCACUCCCAUCUUCGUUGAGGAUGCCAAAAAAUACAUUGAGAAAAUCCAGCCGAAUGGAGGAACAAACAUCAAUGAAGCAAUCCUUUCAGCUAUUUAUAUAUUAACGGAGUCCAAUAAGUUGGGUCUGCUGGAUCCACGAUCUGUAUCAUUCAUUAUUAUGGUUUCGGAUGGCGACCCCACAGUAGGUGAAAUUAAACUGAGCAACAUCCAGAGAAAUGUCAGAAGACAAAUGCAGGAAGAUUUCUCUCUUUUCUGCCUUGGAAUUGGUUUUGACGUGGACUAUGACUUUCUAGAAAGGAUGGCUCUUGAAAACCAAGGUUUUGCUCGGCGUAUUAUUGCAAAUGUCAAUGCAUCCAGUCAGCUGAAGGAUUUCUAUGAAGAAGUGGCCAUACCAUUGCUGAGAAAGAUUGACAUACACUACAGUGAUGAUGUGACAGAUGUGACACAAAAUAGUUUCGACAAGUAUUUCAGUGGUUCUGAGAUAAUUGUAGCAGGAAAACUGGUUGACACGAAACCUUCAUCUUUCCAAUGCUUGGUGACAGCAUCCUCAGCAAAAGAUGACCUAAUGUUUCAGAUAGACACUCCAACAGAUGAACUUGACAAGAUUCUGGCUAUGCAGAAAUAUGUUCUUCCAGAUUUUGCAAAGCAGCUAUGGGCCUACUUGAUGAUUAAGCAGUUAUUAUCUGAGAGGGUGCUUGCCCAAUCAGCUUUGCAGAAGAGGAAUAUUACGAGCAGGAUUUUAGCUAUUGCCCUGGUUCACCAGUUUGUAACACCUGUGACUGCCAUGCUGGUAGAAAGUGAAGAAACUGGCCAGAGACUGUUAGCAGAUUCCCCCAAGAGCACCAGAAAUGGAUGUUGUACAGGCACCCCUGUUAUCGGGAAGAAGACAUCUGCUAUUCCAACUUGGGCAAAACACAGUUAUUCUACGCCUCAACCUCCUCAACAACUGAUUCGUCCCGAAGUGGAUUCGAAACUAGGAUUAAAAAUUCCUGUCACAUCGGUUGAAAAUGAUCCACAUUUCAUCAUCCACUUGCCCAAGAGCAAACAGGAUAUAUGCUUCAAUAUUAAUCCACAACCUGGAAAAAUCCUGAACUUGGUGUCAGAUCCAAUUAAAGGUAUUGUGAUCAAUGGCAAAAUUAUUGGUGGCAAGGAAGCCAAGAAUGGGAAGCUGAACACAUAUUUUGGCAUAAUUGGACUCCAUUUUACCAAACUGAACUUGAGCUUUGAGAUCAACACUGAAAAGAUUCGCUUAAAAGAUGGGCAACACAAAACUCUCCUUUGGUGGUCGGAAUCAAGCACUUUGACUCAUGCUGGUGUUGUUGUCUCAGUGCAGAAAAAUACUAAUGUCACCAUCACUGUGGGAGAAGAUAUGGCCUUCCUGAUCCUACUGCAUCGUGUCUGGAAAAACCAUCCAACCAAUGUGGAUUUCCUGGGAUUUUACGCUCCUCCUUCAAACAACUUCUCAACAAGUGUUCAUGGAUUAAUUGGUCAGUUCAUCCAUGAACCUGAAGUGAAUGUGUACAAUAUCCGCCAGGGCUCAGAUCCUGAUAAACCACAAGCAACCAUGGAAGUGAAAGGACACCAAAUUACAGUAACCAGGGGUUUACAGAAAGACUACAGGACAGAUACAGUAAAUGGCACAGAUGUCCAAUGCUGGUUCAUCCACAAUAGCGGAAAAGGUUUUAUCGAUGGACAUUUCAAAGAUUAUCUUGUUCCGCACCUUUACAGCUUCCUGAAUCAUCCGCAAGCUUUCUGAAAUUGCAAAGGCUAGAAAGAUAGAAGGUAGAGAGUGUAUCUGCAGCAUAGAAAAAUAAUUGAAAACUAGUAAUAAAAAUCACUUUUAAAACAAACUUUUCAUUCAAUAGUCAAACCAACGUUCUUGUGACUAAAGUGUUUUCUACCAUAAUCUUUCACUGUAAUUGUGUAUUACAACCCCCUCAGACUCUCAACUUUUAAUGUGUUUCAACAUUCACUUAUGAUGCAGAUGAGAUGGCAUCCAGAUACCAGAGGGUCUGCUGUAGUCAUACUCAAGAAUUUUUUUUUAAAUUUGCUGAAUUUUGCUUAGCAAUGUGAAUAAAACAUUGUGGAUUGUAAUGGAUGAAUAUCAUUCCCAGUUAACAAAAUUUCAAAAUUAUAAACAGAAAAUAUAUAAAGGCUGCUUUCAAAUGCAGUAAAUGGAGUAAGAGUUUCAAAGCAAAUACAACUGCUGAGCUGUUACUUCCCCAUUCAAGGAGAUCCAGCUCACCUGACUUUUAAAACAAAGUGCUUUGAAUAAGUUAUUUCAAGUAUAUUAUCAAAAGUAUCAACUAUAAAAUGCACAAGUUAACGAUCUCUGAAUGGCUUAUUCAUCACUGGUAAAUGGUAGAGAAUUGGGACACAGGAUACUUGUUACCUCCAGCUGACCUGAGAGAGCAAACAUGACAAUCUCUGGUUGUUCCGCUUUUCUAUUUUGAUUAUUGUAGACAAAACGUCAUUGGGAACUGAUCACGUUCAUAACGGUGUAUGCAGAAUUGUAGCGCAUAAUAAAUAUGAUGUUUUGCAAAUUU